CCAGCAGCAGCUACUUGUUCAUCUCAUAUCACCCAGGCCACACUUAGCCAGUUAGCCUACUUAGUCGAUCUGUAACACGCCCACUUAGCCAGUCCGUCCCCAUUAAUUAAGCAACCGAUGGCUGCUGCGCAUGUCUUCUCCGUUCAGCCACUGCACCAUUCGGCUUCACCGGUGGCCAGAAAUGGUGGCCGGAGCGGAGGCAACCGUGCCUUCUUCCGCCCAUCAACGGUGAUAUGUCCCGGGCGGGAGCCUGCGUCACAUGAGCUGUCCGAUGAUUUUGACUUCCAGGAAAGCGUAAAGAAUGUUCAAGCAUUGCUGCAUCACCAUCCGAGUCGACGAGGCUUAUUGACCACUGUUGAUCACCUCAAGCGCCUCUACAUCGACCACUAUUUCCAAGACGAGAUCGAGACCAUCAUAGACUCGUGUGCAGAUCUCAUCCAUAGUGAUGAUCUGCUUGAUGCAACCCUUUCCUUGAGGCUGAUGCGAGAAGCUGGAUAUUAUGUUUCGGCAGAUGAUGUUCUUCAGAAGUUCAGAAACGAUAAUGGUGAAUUCAACCUUGGGCUCAGCAAAGACAUUAGAGGGUUGCUCAGCUUGCAAGACAUAUCACACCUCAACAUGGGAGAAUCAUCACUCUACAAGGCAAACGAAUUCUCAAGCAAGCAUCUUAGAUUCACAAUUAAGUAUUUGGAGCCAAACCUUGCAAUAUAUGUGAGGCGGUCACUAGACCAUCCCUAUCAUGUGAGCCUGAUGCAAUACAAGGCAAGGCACCAUCUGAGCUACCUCCAGAGCAUGCCCACUAGGAACAUGGCAAUUGAGAAUUUGGCAUUUGCAGAGUUUACGAUUAAGAAGUUGCAGCAUCAGAGGGAAAUGCAAGAGGUUAAGAGAUGGUGGAUAGAUCUAGGAUUGGCUCAAGAAAUACCGGCUGCAAGGGACCAAGUUCUUAAGUGGUACAUGUGGCCCAUGACUGUCCUCGAGGGUUUCUGCUUCUCUAGAUAUCGGGUUGAGAUCACAAAGAUCAUAUCCAUGGUCUACAUUGUGGAUGACAUCUUUGAUCUUGUCGCCACACAAGAGGAGCUUUCCCUCUUUACUGAGGCGAUGAAAACGUGGGAUCUUGCUGCUAUUGAUUCACUGCCAAGCUACAUGAUAUCAUGUUACAAGGCUCUUUACACUAUCACAAGUGAUAUCGCCAAUAUGGUCAGAAAAGAGCAUGGAGUGAGCCCUAUCAAUCAUCUCAAGAAAGCGUGGGCAACUUUGUUUGAUGGAUUCAUGACCGAGGGGAAAUGGUUAUCUACUAAUCAGGUUCCUACAUCCGAGGACUAUCUAAGAAACGGGGUUGUCACUUCAGGAGCUCCACUUGUAUUCAUGCAUCUUUUCUUCAUGUUGGGACAUGAAUUACCAGAGGGCAACAAUGACGACAUCCAUCGUGUCAUCUCCUGCCCUGCAAAGAUCAUGAGGCUCUGGGAUGACAUGGGCAGUGCAAAGGAUGAAUCGCAAAAUGGGCUGGAUGGAUCAUACAAGGAGUUGUACCAAAGAGAAAAUCCUCAUGGUGACGUAGAGAAGCACAUGCUGGAGAUGAUCGGGAGUGAAUGGGAGGGUCUGAAUAGGGAAUGCUUCUCUGGGACAACGUCAACACUAUCGCAUAGCUUCAUCACAGCAUCACUAAACUUUGCGAGGAUGGUCCGCGUGAUGUAUGGCUACGACGAUGAGCAGAAGCUUCCAGUCCUUGAGGAUUAUACAAGGAUGUUGCUCUUCUAAAUCAUGCAUUCUAUCAGAUUAUAUUGUAUAUAAAUCUUAUAAAUGAGUGCAUUAGUUUUUGGUAGAGUUA